AUGCAAGUAAAAACACCAAGACCGGUUGCGCCAUUUAGAAAACAACAAGAGACUAUUCGGCAACAACACAGUGCCCCUCCAUCACUUCCUAAACGGUCGCAACAACUUGUUGAACAACAAAUAUCCGACCCACAAUGUGACAAAUUGUCGAGAUCUGAAAAUUAUGAAAAAACGGAUACGACCGAAAGUUUUGAAAAACUAGAAAAAAAACCACGGGCACUUCCUUCACUUCCCGCAAAGGUAAAUACAGACAAACUCUCGAAAUUGAUAACCAAAGGGUUUAAAGAACAACAAGAACGUUUUGACAAAACAUCACCAAAAACACCGGAACGCCAAGAAAACGUAAAAAUUGACAAACAAGACGAAACACAACCAAUUAAAAAUCCAACAAACCCUAAAAUCGCUCUGAAACUUCCAGAAACCCCCGAAAAUCUUCCAAAAAGUGAAAAACAAGAAAAACUUGAAAAAGUUUUGUCGCAAGGUUUUUGCGACAAAAAUGUGUCAAAACCUGAAAAAAAAUCCACGAAAUCGCAACUUCCAGAAACGCAAGAAAAACUUGAGAAAAUUUUGUCACAAAGUCUUUGCGACAAAAAUUCCACUGAAAAUUACGAAAAGAAAAACAAUUCCAAUUAUUGCGGUAAAAUUGUGUUAAAAACUGAAAAAAAUAUGACAAAACAAGAGAAACCGAAAGUGGUACGGGACUCUUCAUUUCCAUUUUUAGAUUUUACAAUAAAACGAGAGAAAGAUCCAGAAAAAUAUCGCCAGUCGGUUUAUAGUCGUGAGAACACUAUUGUUUAUACCGCACAAAAUGUAAAAAUAAUACCAUCAAAUCAUUUUAUCGUCGAAGGGGAUUUCUUCGUUGUUUUAAAGUCCGAACAUUUCUUCCUUCGCUUUUCCCCUAAUCUCAUUAAACCAACUUUCGACUCCGUUUUGAACUUCUUUAAAAAGGCGGAGAUCCCAGAAAUAGACUUGGACGAGUAUAAGAUGGUCUGUUGCCUCACAGAGAUCUCAAAAAUAUUAAGAGGAAAAGAUGCACAACAAAAACACGACUUUGUCACGUUAGUACCUGCUCGAGUGCUGCCGUUUGUGAUUCCUAAGUACUUCUUUUUGUCGCAAGAUGUCGACCGUCUUGUAGAUCUCAUAAAAGAAAUCAUUUUUGUGAAAACCGAAAAUGACGAAUUGGUCCUCACCACGUCGUUCCUCCCAAAACAUUUUAAUGAAAAACAAACAGAAACAUUUCAGUAUAUGGCAAAAGUCAAUGCGGACGAAAGAACUUUAAAACGAAGAAAUCAGUGGAAACAAAAACGAUUUGAAACCGCAAAAAAGGAAAUCGCAAAGAAAAAUCCCGUUUUGGAAAAAGACGAGAAAAUCCAAAAAAACUUUUUUGACGAAAUGAAAAGGGCGGGAUUGUUUGAAAAUGAGCCUUCAGUGACAUCAGAUAUGCCUAAGAUUUUUCAGACAAAUGACGAGAUUGUUUUGGGGAAGAUUUUGGCAAAAAUUCGGGAGAUUGAAAUUGGUGGAAAGAAGGAAAUAAUUGAACCUGAAUACAACCAGAACCUUGAAAAUGUUGACAGAUCAGCACAAUCUAUGGACGAAAUGGUUCGGACGCGUCUUGUGUUGUUUGGUUCAUCCAACGAGGCGCGUUGGGAAUCUUGGAAAUUUUGUUUUGGGUUGUCAAAUUCGCCUGUUUCGAUCUCAAAAAUGACUGAAGAAUAUACACAAUUAAAUUUGAUUAUAUCUUUGAUCCUUCCAGUCCAAUUGUCAAAUUGGUCUGUACUCUCAACUACCAUCGAUCAAAUUGAUAAAGAUUUAAAACGUGUAGACUACACUUCCCUUACCAAAAUUUGGGGACAAGACGCAAAACCAGUUCUUCGACGAUUAUUAUUGGCUUAUAGUAUAUAUAACUAUAAUAUAGGAUAUGUCCAAGGCGAACAUGACAUUGUGAUUGGUUUGAUGGAGAUUGGUCGGAACGAGGUUGAGAUUUUUUACGUUUUUUCGAAAGUGAUGGAAAUGGUGGAACGCGAGUUUGAGUGCCCGAAAAGUGCCGAGUUUGACCGGCGAUUAAUGCCGAUAAUAUCCUAUUUAGAUGACGAGCUUGGCAAAUAUUUACAUGAUAAAAACAUUUCGAUGUAUUUUGUGUAUCAGUGGCUUGCGUUGCUUUUUAAACGGGAUUUUGGUGGUGAAAUCUAUGAACUGUGGGAUGCUAUUUUUGCAUAUCCCAAACAUAAGUUGCAGUAUUUUAUUACUGCAAUUAUUAUUGAAGAACAAAGGGAACAUAUUUUAGGAAAUUUACUUGGAUUUGAUGAGAUGAGUAUGUUCUUUCAAUGUUUAAGUGGAUUAUUUAAGGUUGAUGUUAAAAUAGAGGCAGACCAAUUAUACUACAAUUUCAUUGAAAACGCACCAAAGGAAGAGGUGCAGAAAGUGUUUUGUUAA